ACUAGCUGCAACAAUAUAAACUACUCUCGUCUUCCCCCAGACUUGUGCCUUUAACCAAAGAGCUUCUAACAGUCAUCUUUGUUUUGUGUAACAAAACAUGGCCAGCGACAAUACUGGUGACCUGAUCUUGCCGGCCGACCUGAACUUGCAGGACGAAAUCUUAACCAAAAUUAAAUAUUCAACCAAUGCUGAUGAAAAGUUGGAUGUUGAAUCUCUUUUCUCUGCCGUCGAGAACAUCCUUGACCGUACCACCAAGACUGUUGAUGGUCUUUUCCUGAAGGGUACUGAUAGCCAAGAAACAAAAAUGAAACUCUUGGAGGAGGAGAGCCCACAAGAAAGCUUUAUUCCACCCCUGUCUGCCUUCAAGAUAAUUUCCUAUGAGAUGCAAUGCAAGGCUGCAGGUGAGCAAAUUGCACCUGAAACAACAGUACUGUCAAUAAUUGAGAAGUUAUCAAGCUAUUCCAGGGAUGCAAAGGCUGUGCUAACUCUAGCGACUUUUGCUUUGGAAUAUGGGGAAUACUUCCUACUUGCCUGUAUUCAGUCAUCGAACCAAGUCGCCAAAUCAAUGGGAACCCUUAAGGGGGUACCUGUCCUCUUAGGAAAACUGGAGAAACACAGCCAAGCUGUUGUUGAUCUUAACAAAUUGAUCAAAGCCACACUGGCAGUAUUUCAAUGCAUCUUUGGGUUGAAGAAGCUUUCGAAUUAUGACAAGAAGGAUAAACUGAUCACAGUUGCUGUCUAUUGGGCUAUUGUAAGUGUUGUGGUCAGCACGAAUCAGAUUUGCUACUUCAUUACCGAUGAUCAGAAGAAGAAACAGGAACUGGAAACCUAUGCUGAUAAACUCAAUCGCAUCCUCAGCGAACUUAAGAAAGAAAGAGCAAACCAAGAGAAAGAGGAUUACAGGGAGGUCAAGAAUGUUGUUGAAACUUCAGUGAGCAUCGUGGCUGUAAUUAAUAUACUAUUGACGGAUCCCACAAACAAGCUAACGCCGCAACUAACUGAUGGUUCCACCGAUAAAAUGGUAGAAAUCACUUCCCUGGAACGGAAGAGUGUCUUCUUGUUCUUUUCGAGCCUACACAUCUCUGGUGAAGACAUUUCAAAUCUUGAAAAUUGUCUUAAUAAAAUGAGGAAGGACCAAUAUGAGACCGUAUGGAUCCCAUUUGUGAAGCAAUGGACCAAAGACCUGGAAAAGAAAUUUGAGUUCUUGCGGUCUAAGAUGCUAUACGUAGCAGCGAAUUACUCUUUGCCGAUAGCAAGCCAUAAAUACAUCAUAAAGAAGUGGAACUUCAAGGUUAACGAGCCCUUAAUUGUGGUGCUGAACCCGCAAGGAAAGGUGGUAUGUAUGAAUGCAAUCCCUAUGAUGAGGGUAUGCGGCGUUGAGGCCUUCCCAUUCACCAGCGUAGAAGAAGAAACUCUGCUGAAUCAAAAGGGUUUGAUAGGGCUAACGGCAACUGACAUUAGUUCAGAUAUAAAACACUGGAUCGAAGAGAGGAAGUACAUCCUUUUGUAUGGUGGCCAGCUGGUCACUGAUAGUGCAAUGGCCCUUGACCGUGGUCCAAUGAUAUUGGAAAAAGGGAUUUCCAUAGAGUUGGUAUCCAUCGAAAACGACAACCUCCUAAAACGCUUCUGGACCAAGAUUAAGAACUUGUUCACUUCAAGAUCUCAAAGGGAGACCGAGAUAGACUCUAUGAAGCUAGAUAUCGAAAAAUUGAUUUCCUACAAGAAGAAAAAGAGAGGAUGGGCUGUGUUCAGCAAGGGGUCCAGCGUUAUACUGAUCGGUGGGACAACCAUUCUUCAGGUCUUAAAAGAGUUUGACAAAUGGAAGGAGAAUUUAAACGAGAAGGACUUCGAAUUGGCUUUCAAAGACUACCAUAACAUGAUUUCUAAUCAUGAUGAUGAUGCCAUCUGCCGCCACAUUAAAAUUCCAUACAAAGCUUUAAAAAUACCAGAGACCGAAUGCUCCCAUUGUCAACGCAUCAUGGUCACGUAUAUCACUUUCAAAUGUUGCCACAAAGAUGAUAAUACAUGGGCUCUGCCUCGGCCUUAAGUUGCUACCUUACUUUGGAAUGGUAUUGCUACUAAAUUAAAUAAUGUGGUUACAUUCGUAGCCAGAGGUUAUAUGUAUAGUAAGAUUUGGCUUAUUGGGUCUAGUAUUUAGUACAUUGGUUCUGUUGUAAUGGAGACAUAUUCACUUUUGACCAUGUCUCACCAUUGCAACGAGUCCAGCGUAUUGGAGCAAUUGGACCUAAGUUUAGCCCAGUGUGAUGUGUGACCUAAUAUUCUGAUGCCACCGGAAAAAAAGGCUGUGUGUGAUUUUAUAUUCCUACUUGAAGCCCCUAGAAAAGGGCAGUGUAUGUUUGUAUUGGUUCCGUUUUCCCUUUCCAUUGGUGUAAUAAAGAAAAUGAGUGCAAUCAUAUGGUAUUGAUGUUGCAUUACUA